UCCAGCUGCUUCACAAACUUGGACCGCUGCCUCUCCGUUCGUGGCGACCCAGCGCGCCCAGCAGGCUUUCCUCCAGCUUUCGCCCCCCCCCCCCCCCCGUGACAUGCUGACUUAACGAUGUGGCGGACGGUGCCCCAGAACUAUUCUUUUUUUAUGAUUUGUUACUAAACGAUCAUUCAGAUCAACUUUUUCCUCAGCUGGCGAAGAUUUGAUUUUACGCGUGGGAGCGCGCAUGGAAUAAGCUUUUUUUUAAUUGAUAGAUAGAUAUUGGUACACAGCUCCGACUUGGAGGCUAUGCUCUCCUUUCUCAACCUGCUUCUGGUCGCCGAAAUGGAAUUGUGAACCAUGUGGACCUGAGGUCGCUGCAGCUCUCCGCGCGGUUCGUUACGGAGAAGAGCUGCCCGAGGAUGGCGGGCGCGAGCCGGGAGUUACCCGUGAACUCCUCGCCGGCGGUGGCGUCCAACGCGGAGGGCGACGAGAUUGAGGUUUUGGAAAGCACCGACGUUCUCCCCGUCGCUCCAGAGGACCAAUGGAAGUCUCUGUUUGACAAGUAUGACCCAGAUAAUUCGGGCUUCAUCAGUACGGAGCGGUUCAGGGACCUGCUGGCGACCUACGGCUCCGAGCUCGACCCCCACAAACUAGAAGUCCUACUGGCCCUCGCCGACGGUAACGCCGACGGGAAGAUCUGCUACCAAGACUUUGUCAACCUGAUGAGCAACAAGCGCUCCAACAGUUUCCGGAGGGCCAUCCUGCAGGGGGGCCGGCAGCUGAAGGGCUGCAGUCUCAGAGACGAGGCGGGUUUGGGCCUGUCCCAGCGGCUGAUCCGACACGUCGCCUACGAGACGCUGCCCCGCGAGGUUGACCGCAAGUGGUACUUUGACAGCUACACCUACUGUCCCCCACCUUGGCUCAUCCUGGCCAUUACCAUUGCUGAGGUGGCCGUGUUCAUGUACUACGGCUUCCAGCUGGACCGCUUGGUCCUGCAGGUGUCCAGCCCGUCUUUCCUGAAGAGCCCCUUGCCUUACCACCCGCAGCUACGCGCCCAGGCCUGGAGAUACCUGAGCUACAUCUUCAUGCACACUGGGAUUGAACACCUGAGCCUGAACAUGGCCAUGCAGCUGCUGGUGGGAGUCCCUCUAGAAAUGGUCCACGGAGCCCUGCGGAUUGGACUGGUCUAUGCGUGUGGUGUGCUGGCAGGGUCUCUGGCAGUGUCUGUCACCGACAUGACGGCUCCAGUGGUCGGCUCAUCCGGGGGGGUGUAUGCUCUGGUCUCGGCACAUUUGGCCAAUGUGGUCAUGAACUGGUCGGGAAUGAAGUGCCAGUUUAAGUUAUUCCGGAUGGCCAUGGCCCUGGUUUGCAUGAGCGUGGAGUUCGGCCGGGCGGUGUGGCUGCGCUUCUAUCCGCCGGCGUUUCCCCCGUGCCCCAACCCCAGCUUCGUAGCUCACCUGGGAGGGGUGGUGGUGGGCCUGACGCUGGGUGUGGUGGUCCUGCAGAACUACGAGCAGCGGCUCCAGGAGCAGUCCCUGUUUUGGAUCUUCUUCUCGGUCUACGCCUUGUUCGUGCUCUGCGCUGUCUUCUGGAACAUCUUCGCCUACGGGCUGCUCGACGUGCGACUGCCCCCGACGCCCUGACCCGCUCGUCGGAGGCCGGCCCACGAGCCGCAUUCCCUUCAUUCCUGACCGCCGGGUUGGAGGAGUCGCCUGAGCCUGGUGGUGGGGUUGUCGAGGCAGCCGCCCCUCGUCCUGCAUCCUGCUCUCUGACGCAGGGAGGCCCUCGACGAGCAGCAAACCCUCGCUUUCGGUCUCCUCAUACCUUUCUCGGCCCACCUGACCCCCUUUUCUGGUGAAGCUGUGCCGUCGUUUUCGGGCUUUCAGUGCAACCUGACCUUUGCUUGCUCUCUGUCUACUUCUCUGUUGCACAUUUGUCCCGAGCGGAUCUGUCUGUGGGACUUUUGUUGCCAACACAACGACGAAUGAGAAGCCUCGGGUCGAACUCAGCAGAAACCGGCAGGAACAGCGCGGUCAACAUAGUUUAACCUUCCCCCGCCUCUCCCCCCCCCCGAUCCAACGGUGCCUUCUCAUGGAGAUGUCAGCCUGGUAAAAGUGUUUCUGCACAGUUGCCUCUCAUGUGGGGUGACGGCCGUGAAACCCUGCGGCGCAGUUGGUUUUCAGACAGAAGUGUUGCCUGAAAGUCCUGUUAUCUGUCUGCACCCCCUUCGCCAAUAAAUGAAAAGGUCAUAUAAUAAUUUAGCCUGAGUUGGUGUUUUGUCAUCGUUACAUGCAGCUCAUGAGCGUGAGAGAUUUAGAUGAAGCAGGCAGCAGGAUGGCCAAACAUCAGAGAGCAUGGAGUAUACAGGCUACAGCAACCUCUGAAAGAUGAUUUAGAAUUUGGAGCUCAAACUUGUCUUUUGUCUUUUUUUUGUGUGCAAGUGGUGUGAAAAUUGUACUAUUGUGCGAACAGAAAAAAAAAGAAGAAAAAAAAGAGCAGCAGCAGCAGCAGAAGUGCCAUUCAGACUUUUCCUAAGCUUUCCAAAAUGAUGCCAAAACAUUGCUACAAGCACUGAGGGGGAAGAGCACAUCCCCGGCCAGGAUCCGCUUUUAAGCAAGAAAAACAAAUCUUUGUCCAUAAGGAGUCGGUCAUGUGUAACAUAAGCUGGUGGUGAUCUGUAACGGAUCUCUCACUGACACCCUUUUUGUUAUUUUGUUAUCCCUUCUGGAUAUUUGCAGUAGGGGGGGGGGGGGUUGUGAUUGGUUGACAAUAUCAAAGAUGUUGAGAGGCAGUGAAUUAAAGAGGGGUUACGCGUUCAACUUUAAGGGUUUUUUUUCUCAUUACCAAAUACAGAAGAGCACACAUGCCUGACCUCGACUACAUCCAGGCUGGGGUCGUUUCACUCCCAUAUCGGGAGUCCAUAGAGGAAAGAGGUAAAUCAAUGCUCCCUCAUUACUUCCUGUCACAACCUAAAUUGUUAAUUCAUGGAACCGGGAUGGGAAACGACUCCAGUACUAAGCUGUCAAUCUCAUACGUUACUGUACUUUAACCUCAUUUUAUGCCGGCAACUGCUUUGGACAAACAUUAUUAUAACGUAAUUGUAAACAGAUUAAUAUUUUAUCAUGCAGUUUUUCUGUGAAGUGUUUGGUCGGUCUGAAAUGUGAUACGCUAGCUUUACCCUGUAUGUGUCCUAUUCAAAAGUUGGUUCAAAAUGGUUCCGGAGUUGUAUAUAAUAACGUUUAUGACACAGUGAGGGGUACAUUGUUGAUAAUAUUUUAACAUUAUGCAUAUUUUGUAGAUUUUAUAUGUACAUACUGGAGUACAUUAAACACUUUUAUAC